AACGCGAUGGCUGGUUUAAGAGUUCUCCUCACUUAUGUGUUUGUGUGUGGAGUUCAAAGUAGUUUUCAAUUUGGGUAUUUUCACAAGGUUUGCAAUGACGUGAAAAGACUGGGAUUUCAAAGGUGGACCAACCAUGGAGUGGUCAGCUACGUUCGCUGUGCCACGCGAUGCGUCAGCGACAACCAGUGUCUUUCAUUUCAGUACAACCCCUUAACAGGUGUCUGUACUGGCAACAACGUCUCACAGGGAAACUCACAGGAGUUUGACGAAAUUGUUGACACGGGCAACUGUAUAUUCUAUCCAGUUGAAGAGACCGGAACAAUCGGAGUUGCAUGUAACAACAACGCGGACUGUCACGAAGCCAUGUCAGUCUGCUACGAGGGGAUAUGCAAAUGUACUCCCGGCUACAGUUACAGUCCGACAAACGUCACUUGCGUCAGCGAGACCGGAACAAUUGGAGAUGAAUGUAAGAACAAUGCGGAUUAUUCUGUGACCAUGUCAGUCUGCUACGAGGGGACAUGCAAAUGUACUCCCGGCUACAGUAACAGUCCGACAAGCGCCACUUGCGUCAGAGUGUGUUCGGAGUAUGGCUUUGAUAUGACCAAAUAUCCUGGACUUGGUAUUACUGGUCAUAACACCAUCACUUCCUACGGCCUCACCCCUGAAGAGUGCGUCACAGCAUGCGUCACACAGACCACGUAUGUUUGUGUGAGCACAGACAUGAAACUCAGUGAUGGCAGGUGUUCUCUGCAAGAAGUGGGCUAUCUCGAUGUUAAUGGGAUUUACCGUGAAACAGAAGUGGACGGCUGGGUGUUCUCAACAAGAAACUGUGCUGCCUAAUGUAACGAUGAUGAAUAUAAAAGGUUGAUGAUGGAUCGAAGACAAUGCAAAAGCGAUAAUUUGUGUGUAAAUCUGUCUCCUCAAAACUUGCAUUGGAUGUAUCCCCUGAUUACUAUUAAAUAUGCAGAACAGUCUGCAGUGGAGAAAAUCCUUUGUCUUUGAGUGAGUUGGGUUAAAUGACGCAUUGAACAGUUUUUUGAGGUAAUACUUUACUCUACUUUACUUUGUUUGUCGUUUAUAUCUGUAUAUGUAUGAUGACGGUCUGAAAAUAUUCGAUUCUGGACCAGACAAUCCAGUGAUUGACAUCAUGAGCAUCGAUCCACGCAAUUGGGAUGCGAUGACGUGUCAAACAAGUCAGCGAGCCUGACCACCCGAUCCUGUUUGUCGCCUCUUACGACAAACGUAGUUGCCUGUUACGGCUUGAUGGUAAUACAGCUCUCAGUCGAUAAGCAGCUUGGUGAAGCCCACGAACAUGGAUAAGGGACUGACAAACCAAGAAACCGUAUCAGGCAAUUCAAGCAUAUGUGGAUAUUACUUUUAUGUAACGUAACGUCAUAUGAAUUGUAUAUUUCUGUCAGUAGACAGUGAUAUUAAUCAAACUGUACAUGUUGUAUGCAUUCGUACAACCGAAAACGUUAUUGCUAUAUAAAUUAACGUAUACCACCACUGAUCUUACUGACUGUUUGUUUAAUGUGAAAUAACAAAAUGUGAAUACGUUCCAACUCACCUGUUUCGAUUUGGCAACGGGAGAGUUCGUGUGACGUCACCUAUAUCCGUGAGUCUGGUCCAAGAAACUACUUCUUGUAGCAUACUGGCUUAAAUCCGCAUUGCAUUGCUACAAAAAGUGCAUCUAGUAUAUCUAAAUGAUUUGUAUAUUCCUACAUAACUGUGACACGACCGAAAAUAACUUCUGUCACUGGUGGAAUGCAAUUCCCGAAGUUCAACCGACCGUAUCCUCGAGCCGAGAUACUUCUUCCGGUAUGACAUCACUGUGUUGACAGUUUGAUCGGUUGUCGUUAAUCGAAAAGCUUGAGAGAAAGCAUUGCCUGUUCGAGACUAAGGAAUGUAAGUUCGGAUUCACGAGUUAUAUAUUCGUGUCUUGCGUGUCUGAUAUCCACGACCAAGUGACCGGAUUGAUUCCCUUGCGAAAAUCCGAGAUUAAAAGCGACGUUAAACCCAACUAACUCACUCUCUCACUUAUAUCCACGUCCUAGUGUCCGGUUUGAUUGCCAUGGGAAACUCCGAGAUCCAUUUUUCCAUAAAUUGAUAAAUGGA